AGGGGCGCUGAAGGAAACCUAUCCGGACUUCAGUGCUCUGCGAAGAAGUUGGGGGGAGUCUCGUCUCGACCUCCAAUCAGAAUAGCUAGUCGCAGCACUGACAGUUAAUAUAAAACCGCAAGACAUCUCUCUAGUUUGCCUGAACCACACAAUGAUAUGGGACUAAUAAAAAUGGGAGCGGAAGUUGAGUCUCAUGCAGGAUUCCUUGGCGCUGUGAAGUAAACUGGAUUGUCCAGGCGAGCCAACUAUCUAAAUUCCUAUUUGAUGGUCAAGAGCAUGAUGGCGUUUCUCCUGUAUGUUAGCCUGUGGAUGCUCCUGGCUGUCCAUGGCCAGGCUGGAGCCGUGAAGAACUGCCACCCGGGUUGCCACUGUGAGGUGGAGAGCUUCGGCCUGUUCGACAGCUUCAGCUUGACCAGGGUGGACUGCAGGGGAGUGGGCCCUAGCAUCAACCCCAUCUCCAUCCCCCUGGACACUGCCCACCUGGACCUGUCCUCCAACUCCAUGUCCCUGCUGACCGACACCAUGCUCUCUGGGCCUGGCUAUACCACCUUGGUCAGCCUGGACCUCAGCAACAACCUCAUCUCCAUGGUCAGCCCCAAGGCCCUGUCCAGGCUGCGCUACCUGGAGUCUCUGGACCUCAGCCACAACUCGUUGGAGGGCCUGGAAGAGGGCUGCUUCUCUGGCCUCCCCCUGGUCGAGGUGGACCUCAGCCACAACCACUUCCGGGAGUUUGAUCUGGACAUGUUCAUCACUAAAGAUCACGGAGAGGCAAUCAGCGUGGAUCUGUCCCACAACCGGCUGACAGUGGUCUCCUGGAGUUCUUCUAGGAGCCCCUUGCUACAUGUCCAGAGCCUGACUCUAGCAGCCAACCAGCUGAGGGCCGUGCCCAAGCUAAAAGGCAUCCUGCUGAGGGACCUAAGCCUGGAUGGGAACAGUAUCUCCCACAUUGAGGAGGGUGCUUUUGAGGACCUCAAGGACCUUGUUUACCUGUCCCUCAGUGGGCUUCCUGAGCUCUUUAACAUCCAGCCCAACUGUUUCAGAGGCCUACAGAACCUUCAGGUCUUGGACCUGUCCAACAACGCCAAGUUAAAAACACUGAGCCCAGCUGUGUUCAGUGGACUUGUGUCUCUACAGGAGCUCAAUCUGUCCAACUCUGGAGUAACGUCAUUGCCAAAUAACAUGCUAAGUCACUUGCCAAGCAUCAAGAGUAUUACCCUGGGCCAGAAUAUCCAUUGUUGGAGGGCUCAAAAGCAGGGCCAGUUUCACAGGCAGCUUGGACAGGAACAGAAACAUGACGAGGUGCUAACCUGUGACGUUGAAGGGGUCAUCUCGUGAUUGUGUUCGGAUCGUUGCCUUCAGUAUGGACAUCUAGCUAACACAUUAGUGCUAAAACUGUGCCUUAUAUCACUAUAUGCAAAGAAGACUUUUUGUUAUUGCUGCCAAUCAUGAUAAUUACUAUUUGAACAGUUUUUGUUUAAAUUUAAAUUAAAAAAUGUGUAUUUUGCUUUUAUUCCAAAGGCCUGAGGUAUUUAUAUUAAUCCACUGUACUAUCACGUCAUGCUUGCUAUGCAUAAAGCAUGUCUUUCAACUACAGUAGCAAGCUAGCAAUAGCAUUGAUGGAUAUUAUAUUAAAACCAUUUCGUUUUUUAGGAUCUGGAAAUAGAAACAGACCUCAGCCAUUAGGAAAAAUAUUGUUAUAUUCCAUAACAAUUAUCAGAUCAUUGAAGUAUACACAUUACUAUGCAAGGACCACCCUUAUUUCAGAACGAAAUGUAAACAUCCUAUGUAGAGUAUAUAGCUAUCAUAGGAAGUAUUUAUAAAGCCCUUUUUACAUCAGCAGAUGUCACAAAGUGCUAUACAGAAACCCAGCCUAAAACCCCAAACAGGAAGCGAUGUAGAAGCACAGUGGCUAGGAAAAACUCCCUAGAAAGACAGGAACCUAGGAAGAAACCUAGAGAGGAACCAGGCUCUGAGGGGUGGCCAGUCCUCUUCUGGCUGUGCCGGGUGAAGAUUGGAAACCACAUUUGACUAUGUUCCAUUUAUUCCAUUCCAGCUGUUGCUAUGCGCACAUCCUCCUAUAGUUCCUUCCACCAGCCUCCUCUGAUGUCUAGUUUUAUUAAGUGGACGCAUUCUCCUGCUAUCUUGUUCAGUCAUGUUUACAUGGUCUAAGACCUAGAAGCCAACAUUGCCUGUUCUGUUUCAAAGAGCAGUUACACAACUGAGGUUGAAAUGUGGUCUGAACAAAUCAAUGUAUAAACACAUUUAUGAAUGUCA